AUGUCGGAGCGUGGUCUCGCCGCGGCCGACGAGGACGGUAUUGAAGCGGCGGACGAAGAAAAUAAGAACAAGGGACUUCGAAAGCGGAUCUCAUUGACGAAUGUGUCUCUCGCACCAAGUUUGACGAGCACACAGCGACGAAGUAGCGAAAAUUUUGUCAAGCAGCAAGGAGUCACUGGAGAGACGGAGGCAGAUCAAGCCUUUCGUAUCUGCAGGGACGCAUUUCUCGAGCUGUCAUCGGCAUAUUUAAAUGCUUUGGAAAAACAUGUGUCUGCUCCUCCAUUAUCUGAGGAACUUAAAACUCAUAUUGAUAAAGCUGUCAUUAAUGCGUUUGACUCUUUGCGCACGCAAAUGGAACAUGCCGACCGGGCGGUCGGGGCGACCUGUGCGCCAAGUACAUCUGCUAAUACAGGUGCAAAAAUCUAUGCGUCCACUUGUUCGGCGCAACCGACGAUCCACCGCGUGGCCCGGAGUCCUGUUCUAGACAUUCCAAAGACCACUAAUCUCAUAGUCACUCCCACGGACGAGUCUGGCCUUGCGACUUCUCGCGAAACCAGGAGUGUCUUGGAAAAAUCUUUAAAGCCUUCCGAGUAUGACCUAAAAAUAUGUCGGAUAUCGUCAGUCAAGAAAAACGGCAUUCGUAUCGAAGCCCAUUCCGUGGACCUGGCUAAAUUGAGACAAUCGCAGGUUUUAGACAAGGUCGGUCUUAGACUAGAGCAGGAAACCAAAAUCAAUCCUAGACUCAUAGUGCAUGGAGUUCCCUGCGGCAUGAAAAGUGAGGAUCUCAAAAAAGAAAUCAUCUCUCUGAAUCUGAAGAAUGUUACUUUCCCGGACAUCAGGGUUAUUUAUGUUUUCCCUCCAAGAGAGAAUCGAAAAUUCACCAGCUGUGUCAUAGAGGUAUUACCCGCUAUCCGCGCCCAAUUACUGAAGGAGGAAUUAAUUUUUGUAAAUUAUUCUGUCUGCAAAAUUGCUGACUACGUAAAGGUUCUACAGUGCUAUAGAUGCUUGGCAUUCGGUCACUUCGCCAAGACCUGUAAGUUUUCACCUCGCUGCGGUUACUGUGCUGAGGGACACGAAACCAGGGAUUGUGUCACGAGGGAGAGGGAUCCGGUCUGCGGCAACUGCAUGCGAUGGCUGCCUCACGAAGAGCGAUCCCACUCAGCAUUGGAUAGCAGAUAG